GCCCCCCACACAAAAGAUACGCACUAUGUUUUAAGAGAAGACGCGGUGGUUGUGGUCCACAAUGCGGUAAAGAUUUAGAAAUAAUACACAGCACGUUUAAGGAUCAUUUUUUUAACUCUUCGACUUCAAACAAUAAAUUAAAGACCAAACUACAGUUUUCAAUAAGGUGACUCUCAGGUCUUCAGAUGAACUUUGAGCAGCCUCCUCCGUACACGGGCCCUGGCCCCACAGCCCCAGGGUACCCCGCCCAAGGCUACCCUCCUCAAGGCUACCCUCCCCAGGGCUACCCUCCCCAGGGCUACCCUGUCAACAUGGACCAGCCCAACCCGGCCUACCCCAACUACCCGCCUGGGCCCAUGGGGCCUGGAGGCCCUUACCCGGGCGGCCCUGGACAGCCCCCUUACCAAGGCUACCCUGGGCAGCCACAGCCCGGCUGGCAGGGGGGCCCCCCUCCUGGUCCAAUGUAUGGAGAGGCUCCUAAGAACACAGUGUACGUGGUGGAGGAGAGGAGGAGAGACGACACCGGAGACACGUGUCUCACCGCCUGCUGGACGGCCCUCUGUUGCUGCUGCCUGUGGGACAUGCUGACAUAACGCUCCCCGACCCCCGACCCCAAGUCUCCCCUCUCUGUGCCUGUCUCCCUCUGAGCCUUAACCUUCCUCCAGUCCCGCCCUCCCCCCUCCUCCCCCCCCCCCCCUCCAACAUCACCUCCACUGCCCCCUCCCCCUCUCAUCCUCGGGGCUACUCCUUAGCAGCUGACCUCAUAAAGCUUCUAAGCAUCCCCUUAAUCUCAGGCUCUGUACUGUAGAUAAGAAAACACACACACACACACUUUGAUGGAUACUCACAUGUUUUUUUUGCGUAGUCACGCAUGUACACAUGCACGUACACACACCCAGACAGACAGACAGAUCUCAGGCUUGUGUAGUGAUCACUUUUCCUUGGCACUUUAAUAUCUUAUCACCUGUGUAAGAUACUUCACCUGCCUUCGCUGUCCCACCCCGUCCUAAACAUUUGCACGGUCAUACUGCAAACGUAACUCCUAUGCACUUCCUGGCCCCCCCCCCCCCAUAGAUACCAAUACUACUGGAUUCCACAGUGCUUCAUGGUCACCUCGUUAUGAAGGUUAUUGCUUGAAAAGUCUCCUUUGUGUUUUCACAAUAGCUGUGGUUGCUGAUGUCUGUCUUAAGCUGAAUCAAAUGACAAUAAACUGAAUGCAUUUUUGAAGGCGAUUUAUGUUCGAUUGACUGUAUUCUCGAUGCCUGCAAUGUUGUUAUCAUGCUGACCUUAACAAGUCUGAUUUCAUUGUUGUUUUUAACACGCGUUUCUUUGACAUGUAAAAUAAAUAAUUGUGAAAUCCAGAUAAACUGAUGAAACCAAAUGACUUGGUAAAUGCCUUUGCUUGACUUGAGAAUCUUGCAUUAAGAAUAAAUUAUUCCCGAGACUAAAAAA